AUGAGGCGAACUUGUGAACAUCAGAUGGAGCUAUUGGACUUUGUGGCAGCCACAUUUUAUGAGGAAAGAGGGGCCUUCAAGCUUUUGAUUAUUGACGCCAUCGUGGCUCUGUUCAGAGAUGACUUCCCAGGCCCAGGUCAAUUGGCAGAGUGGCAGCAGAAACUGGCCCAGAUGCUCUCCAGGUUGAAAAAAAUUUCUGAAUGUCUGAACCGGCACUGCGUUUCUUUCAUCGGAGUGUGGGUGCUAUCGCUGAGGAGACUAGAUUUUAAUCUGCAUAGUUUAGUCUCUUUUAAAGUGAAUGCAGACGCUUCCACCACAAGGUUGAGUCUGAGGAAGGGACGCGCUGAGAUGAGAAUUGCCAAAAUAUUUAAGAGCCCAGAUAUGCCGCAGAAUGAGACUACUUUUGCCAUCACAGCUGGAGGAAUUGUUGAUGCGAAAGAGUGACGGACAAACAGAUAAAUAUUUCAUCGUUUGCACAGUUAGCUGUUUCAAAAUAUAUUUUUGACGACUAUUUCAUAAUUUUGUUCCAUGUUCCGGUGUAUUUAUUCAAUCUGUCACCUUGUCAAUGAUUUUACACAAUAAAACUGAGAUAGUCUUCAAUGUGACACAAUCUGACUCGACCUACAUACACAUUCGGGUUACGUAGCCGCCGUACGGCGCUGAGUUCCGUCGUAAACCGGACAUCACGACCAGCAGAGGACCGUUGGUGACCUCUAGCGGUAGCCACAAGACUUACAUCGACUAAACGCAACUCCUCGUCAGCUGCGCGCUCCAUAUGCCUGUCAAAGCAGCAUAGCAAUGGGAAGUUCACCAACAGCGCUGUCAAGUGUUUAAACCUACUCGUAACUAACCGCGUUUUUUUUUAGUAGAACAACAAACAUCUCCCAGCUCUACCGGCAAAGGUUAUUGCUCAACUCUCGU